CUCCUACAAAAACGUCCAGUAAUUGGUUAAACCUUGUUAGGCAUCACAUGAAGAUGAUAACUCCUCCCAGGAAAAGACAUAGCAAAAGCAGCUUUGACAUGGAUUUAUACUUAGAAGAGCAGCUGCAGGCUUACUGGGAAGGAGUUCACAAGACAGGCUCUUCGACAACUAGCAGAAAAGGAAAAAACAAAACAGCUUCAUUCUGCAAAGGAAGGGAAGGAAAUAAAAGAUAUUUUUUUCCUGAUCGUGACCUGCAAAUGAAUUCCAUGGAUUCUCAUCUUUAACAGACAGAGAGCCUAAAAAUAUGGAGCUGGGAAAGGCGAAACUGUUGAGAACCGGCCUCAAUGCUUUAUACCAAGCCAUCCAUCCUGUGCAUGGAAUUGCCUGGACAGAUGGGAAGCAAGUGAUACUGACUGCUUUAUACUAUCAUAAUGGAGAGCUGAAGUUUGGAGACUCAAGUGUUGUCGGUCAAUUUGAACAUGUGCAUGGGCUUUACUGGGGCCCGUGUUGCUCUACAGAAACCCCAGCUCUGCUUGCUGUUCAGCAUAAAAAGCAUGUUAGCGUUUGGCGGCUGGGCCACAGCACCACGGAGAAAAACAAACCCUUGAUUUCUCAGACUUGUGAAAUCGGUGAGCCGUUCCCAUUGCUUUCCCAGGGCUGUGUGUGGCAUCCAAAAAAGGAGGUCUUGGCUGUCCUUACAAAAAGAGAUGCUUCAGUCUUGCACACUGUUCGAACGGACAAUACCAGAGUUAAGGCAGAUAUCAAAAGCAGUGGGCUUAUUCAUUGUGCUUGCUGGACUAAGGAUGGUAAUCGCUUAGUAGUUGCUAUAGGUAGUGCCCUGCAUUCCUAUAUAUGGGAUGAUGCUCAAAAAACUCUAAACGCCUGCUCCUUUUGUCCAGUGUUUGAUGUGGGAGGCUAUAUCUGUGCUAUAGAAGCCACACUGGAUUUCCAAAUUGCUGUAGCUACUGAGCUUCCUUUAGAUAAUAUCUGUGGUUUGAACGCGGGCAUUACAUUUGAUAUGCCAUCUGGUGCUGACACUAGCUCCUUAACCUCGCAGUCUACUACAGCACUUGGUGAUGAAGAAUACUCCAUGGACUUGCGAAGAAAGUCCACAGACUCCGAUAGAUCAGGCACAGUUGAUUCAGUAGCUUCUUCUUCAUCAGGUCCUUUGGAUUUAACCCACAUCCUUGCAAACCACCGUCGGUCUGAUCCCAGUCCUCUUAUUACUCUGAAACGCAAAGACUCUGCAGCAAUAAAUGGUCAAGAUUCUUCUUACCUGAUCUUGGUGACUUUUGAAAGGAAGGUAACCACCACCAGAAAAGUCAACAUCCCAGGUAUUCUGGUUCCUGAUAUAAUGGCUUUUGACCUGAGAGCUCAGAUUGUGGCAGUAGCCUCUAAUACUUCUAACAUUGUUUUGGUGUAUUCAGUAACCUCUUCCUGCAUGCCCCAUAUUCAACAAAUCCAGCUGGAAAAAAAUGAAAGACCAAAAGGUUUAUGCUUUUUGACAGAUAAACUCCUAUUAAUAUUAAUCGGGAAGCAAAAGUUCCCUGAGCCGAGUCUUAUUCCAUCUUCAAGUUCGGACAGGUAUGUAAUGCGCUUGAUGAUCAAAGAACUGAUGCUGGAAGAAGAUGCUACAACGCUGCCAGACACUAAGCAGCAUAUGCUUUAUAACUUUGUAUCGUCUGUGAACAUACCUGGAAAAAGAAAGUUCUUUGAAAACCUUGCCACAGAAGACCAACAUCAAAGCAGAGACCUGCUAAUACCAAGAAGUACAGUUAUUCAAUCUCCCAGCGGCAGGAGAAGACUCAUCGAAGAAGUGAAGAGCCCUAGUUAUGAGCAGAGCUCUUCAUCAAGUGUUAGUGACUUGGAUGAGAAAAAGCUCCCGGGUGACCCCUCUGUUGCCUUGGAAACUCUGGAUGCUGAACCUAUCAAUCGUUCAAUGGCUCUUCUUGGUUUUGGAACAGCUAGCAGGCUUUCCAGCAGACCAGCUUCUCCUAAAGUGCAGUUCAAUGUAAUUGAAGAAACAUCAAGUUCUCCUAAAAACAACAAUUUGCCAAGUGAAAGAGGCAUGAGUCACAUAUCUAGAAAUUUAGAGAGACUCUGUGGCAGUUUCAAUGACUUACAGCUGAGUCUUUCUGAAAUAACAGACUUUGCUAAGAACGGGAGAAGGGUAUCUUUAGCCUACCCAAGUUCACAAGAACCACCGGUCAUUCAUAUCACUUACCAGAAAAAUUUUUCAAAUGGAGCAGUUACUGAAGAAACAAAAGAUGUUCUCCUCUGUGAUGGCAAGAUCCACUUGAAUUUAGUCCAGCAGCUGUUUGACCUGAGCAUUAUUGAAAUGAAACAUGGCUCUUCUUGGAUCGUGCUCACUGCAGACAAGGAUGGCUUUGUGCCAUUAAUAUUCAAAGCAAGACAGGACAUAAUCAUAAGGGAUGGAGCUGACAGUUCAGAAGUCUGCGGUCGCCACACCUACAAAAAGGGCAGUUUAAUGCAGCCACCAAGCAGAGUGACAUAAGCACUCACCAGAGAGCACCAAUGAUCCCUUUUUUGUUUUGCUAAAGCAAUACAGAGACGUUCUGUGGUAUCAGACACUGAGUGACUAGAAAGCUGUCUUCACUACUUUCAAUAUAAUUUGGACUAAAAUCUGUGGCACUGUCACACAAUAGCUGAGUCCUAGGGUUGACUACACCCUUAUGAUUUCUUUGGGAUGAUCAGAGCUAGAAUGGAGUUAUUGCCAGUGUUAUUAAUUGUUAUUAAUAACGUUUUGUUAUUAAUGACUGCCAGUGGACUGGAGCAGUGACAAGCCUCUAAUUGUGGUCAGGACGUUUUGGGAGAAACAACAGUAUGCUAAAAAUUAUGCAGUAAAAACCAGCCUAACCAGUAUGGGAGUACAGCCUACACAAAAGCUGGAGAAAGCGCUACUAAUGAGCAUUUAUGCUAAGGAAAACUGCAAAAAGAGAAGGGAAAGCACUUUUUGGCUCUAUAUGGAGUUCCUAUGGGUCCCAUGGAAACCUGCAUCAUUUUCAGAAAUGCAUAAUUCUAACAUGAAAAUGUUCAGCUACAAAUACGGCUGCAUCGCUGUCUCCUGUCACUGUCUCACGCAGCAUGGAGAUUUAUACAUGCACACUGAAGAGAAAGGAAAAAAAAAACCAACAACUUGUCUGCUAAAUUAAAGAUCAAAGACAUUGAGUGUAAAUGUCAUUUGGCUAAAUGCAGAUGUCUGUGCUGAACUUUCCAUCCAGGCACACGUAUGAUCAGACAAAUAAAGGAGAACACUCCCAUAGCAAAUUAUUCGUGUCCUACCAUAGUUUCUAAUACUGGUCAUUGUGAACCAUCCCUAUCAAAUAAGUAAUUAAGUGCCUAUUCCUUUCUACUGGCUGCUAAGCAAGCUGGUGUGACUGCUCUGAAUACAGACACUUACAUUUAUUCAGAUGAACCUCACUUUCAGAGACAAGGGCUAAUACAAAUACACCUGAGAACAGUUUCAAUUCAUUGAAAUAAGUAAUGUCCUUCUCAUGCAAAUGUCUUCCCAGAGACUAAGACAUCAUCAUUCUAACCAGCCUGCAAGCUCAGGUGUGUGAUGUAGCUGGGCAUAUUUGUACUGCCAGAUAUCUAAAUGAUGUAAUGUAUUUUGAAGAAGCAAAAUAUAGUUGAACAACAUCCUUGUGUCUCACAGCAGAACCUGAUGUUUAAAAUACAUAGGCCUGUGGCCAAGUAAACUUAAAUUAUAAUUAACUAGAAAUGAUGGAAGGUUAUAUUUUAUAGGAAUACUUAGGCUAAACUAAAGGAAGAACUAAAGGAAAAUUUUUUGGACAAGUAUUGCCUUCUAAAGGGAAUGGUGAUAGUCCCACAGGUUGGUCUUCUUAAUAUGAGGCUAUUGAAACAUAAAAUAUGUGUUAUACGGAACAGAUCUGCACUACAAACAUACAAAACUGAACAAAAAUGGGACUGAGCCUCCCAGGUUGGUUACACACCAACACACUUCCAUCUGUACUCCAUAGUUUCUUUGAGUUCAUGAUAUGCAUUAUUCCAAAGGAUUCCUUGUUGUUGGAGGAAUACUCACGUUGCCCAUCUUGUCAUCUUCAUGCCUUAGUGCCAUCACAGCAACCAAAGGGGGGAAAUGUUAACUCUUCAGAUCAGGAAGUAUAUGCAUCAAAGCUGCCUCAGAACUCGUAAUUAUCACUAGACAUUUCAAUGUCAGCCUGCCACACUACCAUUUGAAUUGUUUAUGUACUACUUUUCUACAAAAUGAUCUGAAUGUUGAGAACAGGAAUGAAAAGAGCUUCUGCGCCGGAAUGGCUAUCAAAGUUUGGUUUGGUUCAAUGGAGAUAAAAGGAGGCCAACAAACUUUCAGAUGACAGAACAAUUAGUUUCAGGGCAUAGCUAGCUGACUGUUAUAUUCAAAAACUUAGUUCUGUGAUGUUUAACUAACUUUUUUUGUUGUAAUUCGGGGACAUUGUUUUCCCUUGCUGUAUGAUUCAUGGACCAAAGUAGGAACUAGUCUGUCUGAAGGCACUACUGUUACUCAGCACAAUUAGUAUAGUCACAAAUAGGGAACCCCACUUCUCAUUUGAGGACAUUCAGAAUUGCACAGGAUGGCUUAGGAAAAGUGUUCUUUACAAUCAAUUAAAAAUUAAUAGAGUUAAAAAACAGCAAUACUUUCCAUGCUUCUGAACACACAUCAUGCACAUCUAACUCAAAUUGAAAAUGUUUAAAUCAUAUGCAUGCAAUUACAACCAAAUGACUCCUAAGCGAAGAAAUAUUUGUUUACAGGUAAUGAUUUAGGGGUCCAGUGCAGAAGUAUUUUAUAUAGUGUCUAUCACAGGGCUGUAAAUGUAAAAUUGGAAGUAAUAAAAACGCUGGAGGAAGUGCAGAAGGAAUUUAUGUAAAGCAGAGGAUAAAUUUUCAGCUUUGGUUUGGAUGGAGAACAGAUGGAGAAUCAGUGAAGUAGAGAGAUAGGAGACUGUUCUAUUAAGCACAAGCUGUACAGAAGAUUUUUGCACAAACAAUGAAAAAUGCAUGUGGAAAAAGAGUCUGUGCUCAGUUGAGCAGACCGUAGGUUGUGAAAAGGAGAAAAGCGCAGAUUGGGAAGCAUUCACCUUCCUCCAGCAAGGCUAUUUUAUAACCAGUGGCCAAAACAGAAAAAAGAGAAGAGUUGUUGGGGUCACUUCCAUGUUGUGAAGGGGCUAAAGCCCUCUUUCAGGCUUCUUCUGUCAUCAGCAGAAAACUUGGGCUCCUCCAGGAGAGCAGUGGGAGUACCUGUGCUGACUCCUGCCUAGAGUCACCUUGUGGGGAAGUCUCUUUCAUAAUUUAAACAAAGGAAAGCUAAGGAACCUUGGGGCUUAAAUUAGAAGCCAAAGCUUAACAGUUACACUCAACAUGCCAUACCGGUGGCACUCAGAACACUUCAUGGUAUACCAGCUCCUCCUUCCCUUGUGGGGAAUAAACAGCAUACCAGAAAAUUGGAAUUUCCAUUUAAAUUCUUCUGCAUUUUUAUCCAGCACAUUUAUAUAUAUUUAUAUACGUUUAUAUACGUUUAUAUGCAUCCUCUCCAUCCUGGAGAGAUCUGAGUGGACAGCCACAGAGAUGAGGCUUCCCAGGGAGGUGGUUGAGUCACCAUCCCUGCAUGUGUUUAAAAACUGUUUGGAUGUGGUGCUCAGGAACAUGAUUUAGUGGAGGGUUGUUAGUUAGUAGUAUGGUACUAUGGUCAGGUUGUGGAUGGACUCGAUCUUUAAGGUCUUGUCCAACCUGUGCGAUUCUAUGAUUCUAUGACUGGGGACCUGGAGCAUCUCCUUAUGAGGAAAGACUGAGAGCCCUGGAACUGUUCAGCCUGGAGAAGAGAAGGCUGAGGGGGGAUCUGAUCAAUGCUUACAAAUAGCUGAAGAGCGGAAGUCAAGCAGAUGGGACCAGUCUCUGUUCAGUGGUGCCCAGCAACAGGACAAGGGGCAGUGGGCGCAAACUGGAACACAGGAAGUUCCAUACAGACACGAGGAAGAACUUCUUUAUGGUAAGGGUGACAGAGAACAGGAACAGGCUUCCAGAGAGGUUGUGCAAUCUCCUUCUCAGGAGAUAUUCAAGACCCACCUGGGUGCCUCCCUGUGUAACUUGCUGUAGGGAAGCUGCUUUAGCAGUGGGUAGAACUAGAUGAUCUCCAGAGGUCCGUUCCAACCACUACAAUUCUGUGAUUCUGUAAUUCUGUGAUUUCAGGUGCUGGUAUAUCAUUACUUUCAAGUACAAUCUGCUCCAAAUUAUAGCUGAAACUUACCUUACGUUUUCUAUAGCUUUGCUGUUAAGCAUGUGGUGUCUGUUUUAGUCUUCUGGUUCCUUGUGUUGCCACCUCCUUGAGGAACUGCUAAGAACAGGAGUGUUACAUGACAGGUGGUUGGGUUUUUUUCCCCCCCUCUUUUGAUUUUGAAAACAGUAUAGUGAAAACAAUAAUAAACAAUAUAAAAAUGUAAUGUGACAAAAUCAAAGUCAAUUGAAUACCUGUUGGCCAAUCUGUGAUGCUGACUUUGCACAGUGAAAUAUUUCUUUGGUAUUCAUCAUAACAACUAAAAAGUCAGAGUUCAUUGCAGGUGUAUGAAGUGAACACUGCAUGACCCUCAACUAAUUCGUUCCCCUUCUUCCUCCGCUAUUACUAAAGACCUGGGUACCCUUGAAUAAAGCUCCAGAAAAUUACUAUCUGUACUCAUGCUAAAAAUCUCAGUUAUAAAUUUCCUUUUAACACACUUUCAAUCAUUUA